GAGUUUGCUUCCUUUGAGCUCUAGUGAUGUGCACUAAUGUAUCUAUGUAUAAAUUCCUACAGGUUCUUGCCAUAUUUGCUUUUGCCACAUGUGGAGGCUUUCAAGGUGAAACUGCUCUUCUAGUUUCCUGUGAAGGUGUGGUAAACAAAACAGUUACAGCUGCUUUUGCCUAUCCAUUCAGGUUGAAUACUGUGGCAUUUAGUGCACCAGACCCAAAAGGCUGUGGUGGUACUUGGACUGAUGCCUACCUCAUGGGCAACUUCUCCUCUUCUGCACAGUUCUUUGUUACCCUGGCAGCAUUGGUGUUCCUCUACUGUAUUGCUGCUCUCGUGGUAUAUAUUGGAUAUAACCAUGUGUAUCAGGAAAUUAACAAGUUCCCACUAACUGACUUGGCAAUCAGUGUCUUGACAGCCUUUCUGUGGCUGGUCAGUACUUUUGUUUGGGCGAAGGCGCUUGCUGACAUCAAGGUGUCCACAGGAGCCAGCAUUGUUCCAGGAAUUGAAUCUUGCAAAGCACCAGGAACAGCUUGCCAUUUUCUUUCUGUGACCAGCAUGGGAAUUCUGAAUGUGUCUGUGGUGUUUGGCUUGCUUAAUAUGAUUUUAUGGGCAGGAAAUGUUUGGCUUGUAUACAAGGAGACCAACUUGCACAGCCAAUGGAACAGAAUUUCUGAAAGUCCAACUGAAAGGGUAUAAAAAGAAGUUGAUAUUUUGAAGUGCUUCCACUUUCACAUCACACUGCCAAAAGCAUGGAGCCAUUAGGAUUUAUUUCAGUAAUAACUGAUAAUUCAUACAAACUUCUAUUUUGUACUAUGGUUUGAUGUAAGGUCUUUGGGUACUCCAACUGAAAUGUUUAAUUAUCAUGAAAUAUAUUGUGUCUUUCAAGACUAUGCAGCUUUAUAUUACAGUUUUUGAAGAGCAAAAUGAAGAGGUUAUCUGGAUGCUGACCCUUUCUGGUUCUUAAAUUAGCCUUCUAGGAGGCAUGGCUGAGAAGCAACUGUAUCUGGGUUAUUACUGCAUCAUCUUUUGUUCUGACAAGUCUUCUCUGAAAAAUGGAAAAUAAAUUCACCCAGGGCAGGUGAAAAUGCAGUUUAGUUUCUUCCUACCACUGAUACCUUGCAAAAGUCACCCAAGUAGAAUUCACAGCUCUGUCGAAGUUGCAGCCAAGAUGUGUAGGCUUCCAGAUGCUCCUUUCAGAUCAUUGUAUCAGAUCUGCUGCUGGGCCUGUCAGGAAGGACAUUACUUCUAUGUUUAAUAUGCUGUUACUGCUUAAUGGCUUGGGACAAUCUCUAAACAAGGAAAUUUGUUCAAUGAGUUCAUAGCUUCUAGUCUCACUAAUAUGAGAGUUUGUAUAUGGGUGCAAUAGAUUAUUUAAACACUUGAAGGAGGUGGGGGAGGGAGGAAAAAUAAAGUAUGGCCCAAAACACAAAUACUGUAGAAAUUGAAGUCGAUAUAUUCUGAUACUGCUUAGGCUUCUGUCUAUUACUUUUGAGGUGCAUGAACGAAGUCUGUGUAUGAAAGGGAGUAGAGGGCGAUGUCCGAAUAUGAUGAAUUCUUCAUUGAUGUUGUUCAGCUCAUUCUUUGGGAAUGAUAUUUGGGUCUUCUCAUGUAGACUUCUUUAUUAAUGUGUCUGACUCCCUGUGAAUUGCUCAGAACAAAUGUUUUGACAAACUUAAUACAAAGGCUGUUCAGUCCUUUUCUGUUUGUUUAAACUAUUUGUGAUGAAAAUAGACACAAUAGUGUGCAUAUAAUGUAAAUUGUAAUUGUUUGGUGUGCCAGAGCUAUUGACCUUCUGAUAGCAAACUGUAGUGUCAAAGGGUGUAAUAAAGUCAGUAUGAC